AUGUUCAAUAAUCAAGAUGACAAAUUUGGCGACGAGAUGGAAAAACGAAUCAGCAAAGCUUCAAACCAAGACGACGCCUUAUUGAACGCACAAGUAAACCCUAUGGAUAAUGUUGACGAUAAAGUUCCCGGGAUGAUUCGCAUGCACAAUCUUCCAUUCACAAUCCAAGAAGAUUCAGACGGUGAAGAUACCAGUCUUCUGAAGGGACAGCGUAAGGGUGACUCGCUUAGAACUCAGCAAGCACUCGUCCCAGGUCGGGUACCUUCGGUGGUGCCCUUUAUGCCUUCCUCUCAACCGGUCGCAAUGACAUCUUUCACUCCAACAGCAAGUCAAGGUAUAGAUCUGUCGCCAAAUGUAGUCAUGCCGGCAGAGCAGACUACAGUAAUACCAGCGACUGGAGAACUUCCUCAAAUGGCUGGAGGUUCGCCGAUAGGGAGGCCUGACAUCGCAGCAUUUUCGAGGGUUAAUUACCAGCCAAGCAUGGCCUCCCAAAUGAAUAGCAUGAUGCCACAAAUGCCAUAUCCGCAGUUCAACAGUAUGAUGCCAAUGCAACCAGGUGUACCAAACAUAGCAACUCCAUGGACGCCUGCAAUGCAGCCUGGCCAGAUAAGAGGCUACAUUUCCGGACGCUCUAAAGUGAAGGUGACAUCUGGCGUCAAGAGGAGGCAGGCAUCAAAGAAACGGCAUGUUCAUAAAUCGAAGACUCAAGUCUAG